AUGACUCCACCAUAGUAUUUUAUGGAUCAAAUACAAAGACAAUUUCAAAAUAUGAACAAAAAUAAUUUCGUUCCUGUUAAUUAAAAUUCAAUGUAAAUGCCUUUAGGUCAAUAAAAUCCUUAAUUAGGUAUAGCUAGUCUGUAGAUACCUUAGCAAUUAUAAUAGAUGUAGAUUCCGAAGUUGUAGAAAUUCUAGAUUGAAUGUCAAGACUAUAAUCAAGGAUUUUGCAUCAAUGGACCUGCUUGUUAGUAUUAACACAUUAAAAAACCUGAAUCUUCCAGACCGAAAAAAGUAUAGGAGCAGUACAUUAAAAAGGUGUAUAAGUAUUUUUAGAACGAUGGUAUGACAAAUCACUACCUCUUAUUAGAGCUGCUGAACUCAGUCUUGAUUAACAAGCUCUAAGAUACGCAAUCUAUCAAUAUAUCUUUGGGGGGAGGUACAUUUUCUGAUGUCAUGUCAGAAAGAAGUGAUCACCACUAUUUCAGCAAUUAUAGCUAACAAAUGGCACGUGAAAUUGAUAUGAUAAUUGAAAAUACUAAACCUAUAAUGAAGGGAAGGACAAGAUUCUUUGUGGUUAAAAGUUUUAACACAGAAAGUCUUUUAGUUUCCCAAAAAUUUUAAGUCUGGGCUACAUCUGCUGGUCCUACCAAAAAACUUACCAAUGCUUUUAAGACCUCUGAUCAUGUUGUACUGAUAUUUUCAGUUAAUGAGAGCAGGAGUUUCUAAGGAUUUGCUUUAAUGGAAAGUGAGCCUGAUCCCAGCUAUCUGUCUGAUUACUUCAAGUCAGAUCAAGAAUCACCAAUCCAAUAUGCUGGUAAUUUCAAAGUGAGAUGGGUAGUUCAAGGUGACUAUUAAUUUAAAGAUCUUGAACAUCUCCCACUUAAUCCGAUGAAUGAAAAUAUGCCGAUCAAAUAAUCUAAAAAUGGUCAGGAGCUACCAUUUAAAUUGGGAAACUACUUGUGCUAUUUGAUAUAUCAUCAGAAGGAUCCUAAAAAGUAAAUUUUGACUACACUGGAGGUGAUCAAUCAGAUGCCAGUCCAGUUUACAAUGAGUUAGCAGCAUAAUUACAAUCAAUCUAAAUAAGGCGGCUAGUCCUAUCAGUAGUCUCACUAUAGACAGAAUAACAAUAACACCAGUGGAGGUGGAAAUAAUAGUAAUUCUUAGGCGCAAUCCUCAUAAUAAUAGUAUCAAAACUCUUAGAGCAAUAGCUACCAAAAUAAUUAAACUUAAUAAUAUAUACCAAAAAACAAACAAAACAACAACAACAUUUAAUCAGCUAAUUAUAGUUAAUCUUAAUAGAAUUAUUAUUCAGGGAGUAACCAAGCUAAUUAGGGGUAUAGCACGCACUAAUAAAACUAGUAUUAAAAUAACUCGUAUAAUAAACAAAAUAAGACAUGA